AUGGUCAAAAUCUCAUCUAUUCUACUCGCCGUUACAGCGCUGAUCGGCAGUGCCUCGGCUGUGUCAGGCAACGGCCGCUCUACUAGGUAUCAACCCCCCCCCUUCUUCUGGGCAUUCUGUCCCGUGGCUCUUUGCGAGCAACUCCAGGCUAAAAACUACCAUAGAUACUGGGACUGCUGCAAGCCUUCCUGUGGCUGGCCUGGGAAAGCUGCCGUCGGUAAAUCUGCGCAGACUUGUUCUGCCGGCAACCACCCUCUAAACGAUGCCAAUCUCAAGAGCGGCUGCGACGGCGGUCCAUCCUAUGCUUGUGCAAACAACCAGCCAUGGGCAGUGAAUAGCAAGCUAUCAUACGGCUUUGCCGCUACAGCGAUCAACGGUGGCUCCGAAUCGACUUGGUGCUGUGCCUGCUACAAGUUGACUUUUACUAGCGGACCUGUUGUAGGACAGGAAAUGAUUGUGCAGUCCAUCAAUACGGGGGGAGACCUCUCAAGCAACCAUUUCGACCUCUUGAUUCCGGGAGGCGGAGUUGGUCUCUUCAAUGGCUGUACCUCGCAGUAUGGCGGAAAUUUCCCGGGCGCGCGGUAUGGCGGGGUUUCGUCGCGAGCAGAGUGCGAUAAACUGCCACAGGCAAUCAUAGCAGGUUGCCGGUGGCGCUUUGAUUGGUUCAAGAAUGCUGAUAAUCCGACCUUUAGCUUUGCCCAAGUCCAAUGCCCCCGGGGGCUGCUCGCCGUCUCUGGCUGCAAGCGCGACGAUGAUGGCCUUUUCCCUCCUGCUUGA